UAUGGCAGGAUCUAGCCUUUUCCGAGCAUAUGAUAAUAGAUUCCAUUUCUUUAUAAAUACAUGCCACUGCCUCUGGCAGGUUUGAGAGAGCCCACCAGUGUUGGUGCAAAUGACAGAGGCUGAUGAUGGAGACAUAUUAAUUUUAUAUUUUUUUCUUCUUUCUAUGCAGUAUAUUAUCUCUAAUCCUACAUGAAGGCCAAAGAGACAAAUAGACAAAACUUAACAAUAAAGACCAACUUUUGCCAACCUUAUACUGAGUAGUACUGCCAUUUGUCCUAUUGCAGCAUUUCCCAAACUGUUCUGCACGAUGUGAAUAGGUGUUCCAUGAAAGAAUCGUAAUUAAAAAAAAAGGGGUCUUUAAAUUUUUUUUAAUUCUAAAUUUGGCACAUUUUAAGCGUAGUUUACAAUUCUUUUUGAAUGACUAAUUUAACAUAAAAUUUUUUCUGGUUAUUGAUAGGUCUUGUAUUGAAUAUCAUGGCAUAAAAUUAUAUUUGAGCAUAAAUAAUGCAAUUUUUUUAUUUGAAAACCAAACGACUACAAAAUAAUAUUGUAAGUGUUCCGUAAUAGGCUAAAAAGUGUUUCGUGGCCAAAAAAAAGUUUGGGAAAUGCUGUCCUACUGUAAUCAAGAAGGCUACUCACAGACCAAUGUACGACUCCAUGGAAAUGACGUUGGCAGAAUAAGGCCCUAUAUAAACAGAUGACUUUGGUAACUGAACAACUGGAAAAUAGUCUAGUUAUAUUAACUUAUUCUCGAGAUGGAAACACCAUUGUUAGACAAAUCAACAUCACUGUGCAGUACUCCAAAGGACUGUGGGACACUAGCUCCUCAGAGCAGUAGCUCAGGGAAAAAGCCAAUGAGCACAACACUUAAGGAGCGAUUAAAGAAAGCAAGACGUUCGUUUAAUUCCAGUUUCACUGUGGCAAAACGCCUUAAAGUAGAUAGUGAAGAAAAAGAUUACAGCACUUCUGAAGAAGGGGCUCUGUUGGCAAAAGGAGCCUGUUCUAGAUUACAAGAUAGUUGUGAAAUCCUGGAGAAGAACUGUGCUGCAAAUAUAAGUUUGAACAGUCCUUUACAGGAGAGACAUUGCUGUAGAUUUGUUCAGAAUUCUCCACACUCUGUGGUGUUGGGGGCUGACCUUAGUCAACAAGAACUAUUGGAGGAAAAAUUAAGAUUGCUGAAGGAGGUCCAAGAGAAGGAAGAGCUGCUUCGAAGACUCAAACUGGUCAAGAUGUACAGGUCCAAGAAUAACCCAUCAGAAUUGCAGUCUUUGAUAACGAAAUGGAGAUGCAGCACCCAGUUGAUGCUUUAUGAACUUCAGUCAGCUUUGUCUACAGAUGGCGGUAAACUGAGCCUCACUCUGUUGAUAGACAAUUUUGGAUUAGAAGACAAGUUACUACACUACAACAGAGCAGAAGAUGACUUUACAGAUAUGUAAUUUACCAUUACAAAGGUCUCGGUUAUAAAAAAAAAAAAAAAAGUCUUCAGAAAAGAUUAAAUAUCAACUGAUUGCAUUAUUAAUGCAACUUAAUGCAAUUAAGUAUUAAACCAUCAUGAUAGUUUGUUUCAGUAGUGGAUUGUUGUAAUAGACUGUGCUUAUGUAUAUGCUGUAAGAGGCAGUUAUUUUCUGGAAAGGAUUCUCUUAUUGUCUUAUGGCAGAAACUUACUUAGAGAAAAUUGCCAUUAGUGAAUGUGAAAAUGAAAUCUAGUAAUAUUGUACUUAAACAGCGGGCUGUAUCUUCUCAGAUCAGUUUUACACUGUACAUUCUCGUUUGAUAUAAUGGGAUCAAGUUAACUUUUUUUUUCUAGUUAAUACUAAGAUGUUGAGGAAUUCAACACAUACAUAUUCUGAAAGUUUCUUCAAUUUGCCAGUCAAUUGAUGCGAGCUUUCUAAGGAUUAAGUUCAGGUGUAAUCACAUUGCAUAUUCUCAAUUACUGAAACAAUAUUGAGUUUUUGUGCAUGGCUUUAUUUCUUGUGAUACUAGAAGCAAUACAUAUUCUAUGGUGCUUAACAAAAACAGAACUGUCUAAUAUAUUUAAAUGGCUGCAUUUAAUUUACCUUUCUGCAAUUAUUAUUAGUAAAUCCCAAAGCUAUUUUCACCUUUUUAGGUUUUAGUUCCAAUUUGUGAGUGGUAUUUUAUUAUGUUAAUUAGAGAUUGAGAGAAAUUGAUUCCCUGUUGACUGUCUCCUCCUUGACAAUCCAUUUUUUUUAGCUGCUGCUUUUCUUCACUGAAUUUUUUUUCCCCCACUUUGAAACACUUUUCAUCCAGUGUAAGGUUAUAAGAACCCCAACUACCCCCCACACCUUCAGAAUGCACCAAUUUGUUGUACACAUACAGAUUCCUAAUCUGCUGUAACUUUGUUUUAUUGUGCAUGUGACAAUUUAUACUCCCUUCCUCAACACUGAGACACUUCCCAUGUACCUGCAGGGAAAUCCGGAAAAAUCUGAGUUUAGAAGUAGCAUAUUUUCGUUUUGCUGUUCCAGAUUACCAUGCUCCUGUCUAUCAGGUGACACUAGACCUAAAUUGUGCAGCAAGGCCCUCUUGGGUGGAAGGUGAAUUUUACUGCUAACUGUGAAUUUAUAUAAGCAGUGUUUAUUGUUAAAUCAUUUGAUAAUCUGUGUAGUUACUAAGAUGAAAAAGGGGCUGAAACAGUGGCUUGGGUAAGAAGAUGGGGCAUCCAGAAGGGAUUAGCUUCCCUCCCAGGGCUCUUUGGUUCUGCUAGAUUGGAAUUCAACCCCUAAAAUGAUAAAGCAAUAAACAGAAGUCAGAUCUAGAAGGAGGCAGCAAAAGUAAUUGAGAAGUUUUAACAAAUGUAUUUCCUAAACGAAGUAUUAAUGCUGUUAGUGAUGUCACCUUGGAAUGGGGCUCCGACUUGAGGCAUAUUUCCUAGGAAAGAUGAGGGAAGAAACAAUUCAGAACAGGUGGGGGGAAAUUGUAAUGGCAGGAAAUUCCUGUGAAGGUCCAUCUUAGACCACAUGGUAGAAUUUACUAAAGGUUCCUCAUUUCCUUAUCUGCUUCCCAUCUCUUUGGGGGGAGAAGUGGUCUGAGAAGAAAUUUCAUGCCAACACAUCUGAAGUUGGACUCCACUAGUGGAGCAUAUAGUAGAAACUGUUUAAGAAGGGUUCAGUAGGGUAGCUCUAAUGAGGCUUAUUUAAUCUACGGACUGUUACAUUUUUUUUUUUUUAAAUACAGUGAAGUGGAAUAAAAUUUAAGAGCAGAAAUAAGAUCUAAUAAUGGUUUAAAAA